AUGGGCCGUCGACAACAUUUUUUGACUCCAUAUGUUGUGGUUCUGCAUGCAGCCAAAAAGGCUAAUAAGAGUAACAAAUAUGCUGUAUGCCGAGCUUGUAUUAGUAUAAUCGGAAAAGAUGAGGCCUAUAGAUUAAAGUUUGCAAAUACCAAAAAAGAAUGUGCACGUCAUAUUAAAAAUUGUCAAAGUUUUGCACAGAAAUAUAGUUCACAGCAAAUAGCAAAACUUCUUGAUGAUGCAACAAAAGAUGGUAUGAACGAUAGUGAUAGUGAUAUUGAUAAUAGAGAACUUGAAAUUAGUGUUGCGAAUAUUUCAAAUUUACCUCAUCCUGCUAGAGAUCAAAAUGCUAAAUGGAGACUUCGAGAUAUUUUUAUUGAGAGUUUAGGAGAACCUAAUUAUUUGCCAAAUUUUAUGUUAG